CAUGCUUGUGGCUGCUAACUGCCACCCAUAUUUCGCAGAACCCGAUCGGAACGAACCUAACAGAAUGGAUGCCCUCACUGAGCUGCUGUGCGCAUACAUGACUGCUCAGGGUUCCAGUACGGCCCAUUUGGCGCAAGCCCUUCGCGUCAACCGGAAGCCCAUGUCCACCUAUACGUCGGAGUUCAUGGUUCGGGCACCGCACAUGCAGAAGUGCGAUGUAACGGCCUAUCGGAACUGGGUGCUCAAGAACGGGCCCUUUAUUGACGAAACGGUCGCUCCGGAUUUGAUCAAGAGUAACAAACGGGCAGCGGACGUGCGCCAGGCGGGUAAUCGAUUGUAUCUGGCCAAGGAGUACACCGAAGCGCUGGAAAAGUACAACGAAAGCAUCUGCUGGGCGGAUGGGCCGGACUCGGAGGAUUUGGGGAUUGGUUACGCUAAUCGGUCAGCCAUUUACUACGACAUGGGUGAGUACGAGCUCGGCCUGGCGAACAUCGCCCUCGCCAAGAAGCACAACUAUCCUCAACGUUUGAUGCCAAAGUUGCUGGCGCGGGAACUCAACUGCCGGGAGAAGAUCACCAACGGGCAAUCCAGGUUGGCCAUGCGUUGCCCUUCCCUCGCCAUGAAAGUCGAACCCGACCCGAAAAUACCAUACAUGGCUGCUGGGAUUGUCGAGAAAGAGUUGCCUACUUACGGUCGAUCGUUGAUGGCCGAGCGUCCAUUCAAAGCAGGCGACGUGAUCUUGACGGAGAAAGCCUGGAUGGCGGCGAUCAGUCCGGAGUUGAAGUACAAAAACUGCAAUCACUGCUCGAUCGACAACUUUCACAGUUUGAUCCCUUGUCCGAACUGCGUCUCGGUCAUGUACUGCAGUGAAAAGUGCCGGGAAGAAAACUACAGGGUCAGCCAUAGGUUCGAGUGUGGAAUUUCCGAGAAGCUGCAUCAUAUUUCAUAUGGGAGUAGUCGGGUCUUCAUGGGGCCGCGAUCGUUCUUCUACGGAUUGACACUCUUUGGCGAUGACCUGAAGGACAUGAUGGACUUUUGCCAAGCAAACGGCAGAACCGGAGCUAAUCCGCUGUCCCUGGAUUACACCAGCUACGAUCCGCUGCAAGAGUUCAAGAUCUUCCACAAGGUUAAGCUUCCAACCGACAACUUUCUGUACGAAGAUUCAUUCCGCUUCUACGCGGCGGUUUAUUAUUCGGUUUACAUCAAGCAGCCUCUGGUACGAUCCCUCGUAGCCACCAAACCUCAGAGAGACUUCAUGCUUCGUUGCUUCCUGGACUACAUGCGCAUCAUCGGAUUCCUGAUUAUUGGGCCCCGUCAGAACUUCACCAACCAGCUGUUCUCGAUCGCAUCCGUCUGCAACCAUUCCUGCGAUCCGAACACGCUCGCCGCGGUCUACUGUAAUCAACUGAAAUUGAUCACCCUUCGUCCGAUCGCAGCAGGCGAGCAGAUCCAAAUAUCGUACGGACCCCUGGCCAGGCAGGGCUCCGAUGCCGAACGGCGUCAAGCUCUGACCAUGUACCACUUCGAUUGCAUCUGCGAUUGCUGUGAUGCGGCCAAAGCGCGCCUUCGGAAGGCCGCCGCCAAAAAGCUGCCCUCGAUCCCCUUGAAAAACCUGAUGGCGGUCAAUCAGUUGCUGGAGGACGAUGAUGCGGAUGACGCGGCCAAGCUGACCAUGCUGCAGCAGUUUGCCGAACGGUACGCGUACACCUACCCAAAGAAGCACUACCUGGAGCUGUCGGAUCUCUAUCGGAAGGUACUGAAUAUUACGUUCGACAAGGAGGUGCAGGAUCGUCUGCGUAACGGAGCUGUUGAGCAGAAGUGAUUUUCUUGAUUUCUGUUUCGUUUAUGAUCUUUUUUUUUGGUUUUUCUUGUUGAAUUCGAAUAAUUUGUGUUACUUUUCUACUUAUUUCCAAGUAAACAGAACCUCAGUUUAAUCGUGUAUGUUUUUUUAAUU